AGAGAAGACUUUAUCGUCGAACCAGCAAGUGUGGGUGAUGGCCUUAAUGAUCAGUGGUCAGAAGACAUCAUGACCACUAGAUGACGCCAAAGGGCCGUCACAAUAUUAACCAAGUAUGUUGAGAGUGUUACGAUUAUGAUAAUGAUUAUUAACACGAAGGCAUUAAUAACCACAAUGUUCUUCUAGAGUGUUGGAAAUUUAAACCACUACGGGUCGCUCUCAUAAUAUAGGCUUAAAACCUGCUCUACGAUACAUUAAAGGCAAGACAUUUAAGUCUGUCUGUCUGACCACCUUCUGUCUGAUCAAGAUCUGUUUUUCUGUGUCCGUCUGUUGGCCAGUCCAUCUGUUUCUCUCCCUUUCUACCUAACUGUCCCUCCAUUCGUGCAUGUGUGUGUGUGUGUGUGUGUGUGUGUGUGUGUGUGUGUGUGUGUGUGUGUGUGUGUGUCUGUGUGUCUGUGUGUGUGUGUGUGUGUACCUGUUUGUGUCUAUCUAUAUCCAUCAACCUCAAACCCUUUUUUUCUACAUUUGGCUGUAAGCUAUGAACACAUCCGCCUUUGUGUGCGCGUCCUUCUCACAGUUUCCCUUCCUUGUGCAACCGAGUUACAACAUCACGCUUUAGUGGAUGCUGCAGCAGCACCCACACGUGUGUCACUACAAAACUACGACUUCCUUUUGUCACUGUACUGCGGUUAACAUGAGUGGCACAUCGUGAGACAGCCACCUGGACAGAGUCUCUCCGAGCCCUUGUCAAAUCGUAAGAGCCGUAAUGCGGAGGGUAGUGCUUGAGCUAUCCCCUAGGUUUCAAAAGUCGUGCAUCUGUGUCAGCUGGUGUAGCAUGUAUGAAGAGGAGGGCCGAGGUGGACCGUCUGCCCGCUGAGAACAGCCUGCCAUUGGGCUUACUUUUGGAGAGGAGAGCCACACACCAGAAAACAAAGUGACCCCGCAGAUGUUACUUUUGGAAAGUGUGUGUCUUCAAUGACGUGCGAGUGCGGAACCGGUGUCCACAGGAACGGCUGACUGCUGACCACCCCACACCUUACCAUCAGAGACAUUUCACCACAACUCGUCACAUUCCAAACUGUUCCAUUGGACUUCUGUCACAUGGAAGGCCACGUGUUUGGUUCGAUAAACGAAGGGCGUUACGACAAGAGCAAAGAAUGACUUCAAACAAUGGCUCCGGGGACAUCUCCUCGGAGUGUCCCGAUGACAUGGCCAGCUGGGAGGAGACCAUGGACACGCUGUAUACCUACUUCUACCUGUUCCUCUUCAUCCCUGGACUCUUGCUCAACACCGUCGCACUUUGGGUCCUUUGCAGGCAUAUUAGCAAGAAAAUGAAGACGCUGAUCUUCAUGAUCAACCUGGCCUUUGCAGACCUGGCGCAUGUCCUCUCUCUGCCCCUCAGGAUCUACUACUACUUCACGCUCACCUGGCCCUUUGGACGCGCCGCCUGCCUGUUCUGCUUCUACCUGAAGUACCUCAACAUGUACGCUGCCAUCGUCUUCCUGGUGUGCAUCAGCGUGCAGCGGUGUGUGUUCCUGCUCAAGCCGUUCUCCGCUCGCAGCUGGAGGAAGCGAUACGAUCUGCUGAUCAGUAUUAUUGUCUGGCUGGGGGUUGGAAUGGCCUGCUCCCCUUUCAUCUUGGUGAGGGGCGGCCAUGACAACAACACCAGUUUCAACCACUCCCCCUACUCUUCUCCCACCCAAGCAUCAACAGCUGGGACCGUCCCCUACGGAUCGCACUCCACCGCCAGCCCGGGCUCCAGCCCAGGGUACGGCGCCGCCGGCUCUCCUGAAGCCAAAUGUUUUAAAGACUUGCCCACCCGUAAGCUGUCCCUAUCCACGGCGGUCACCGUUAUGGUUCUGGGAGAGUUGCUUGGCUUCCUGCUUCCCCUGGCUGCCAUCGGUUACAGCUCGGCCCGCAUCGUCCACUCCCUCCUCAAGACCCAGUACCAGGAUCCGGUGGACCCCCUCCCCCGGGGACGCACCUUCACCAUCACCUCCUCCGUCUCCCAGACGGAUUCGCUGGCGGACAGACAGACGGCCGAGGACAAGAGGAGAGCCCUGCGGAUGGUGCUGGGCUGCUCCGCCCUCUUCCUCGUCUGCUUCGCGCCGUACCACGUCAACUUCCUGUUGUACCUGCUGGUGACGCAGGACGUGGUGUCCCACUGCGGCCUGAGGCUGGCCGUCACGCGGUUCCACCCCGUGUCGCUGUGCCUGGCCAGCCUCAGCUGCUGCCUGAACCCCCUGCUCUACUACUUCCUCACCGCCGAGUUCAGGAGGCACCUUGGCAAGCGCGCCUCCAGACUCUCCUCCAAGUUCCUCUCCUCCCCCCUCAUCGCUGCAUACAGCUCGGGCCGGGUCAGGGCCGCUUCAGAAGAGGCUUGAAGGGAGCACAGACAGCCCCGUCUCGCUCAGGCAGGCAGUAACGCUGAGCUGAGGGAAGGGCCGCUUCGUCAGUUUGAACAGAGAGGAGUUAUAUAUUUGGACUAGAGGGAAGCAAGGUUGCUAUGAUCAGAGAGAGCCCAUUUGCCAAGUACUCCCCUAGGGACCCAGAUGUGUGUUAUAAUGCCACGCCCGUUUUUGGACAUCAUAAGCUAAAUGUGGAACAACUCAAGUCAAUUUACCCAGGUCCAAAUAUGAGAGCUAUUAAUUGUUGUGUGAGUGUAUCAGCUAGACUGGGUAGCCCCGCCCAUUCUGCGGGCAAUUUGAGUGCACAUGGGUCUGGAGAAGAGUAAUAAAUUUCUUUCUGCUUCCGUUACGUUUUUGCAGGAGCCAAUCACCAAGCUGGCUUUUCCCCUUGGCGCGAUAUUGUCGCGAUUAUUGGUUUAACACAAUGACAACAGGGAAGCAACGGCAAGCAGCCAAUCGCGUACAGAGUAAUUUGAAUUAGGCCUGUUGAUCACGCCUCUUGUGCUGAAGAAAAUGACUGCAGCUUCCCCAGACCAACGUGCCAGCUACGAUUGAUCUGGAUGUGGCAAAGCCAGACUGAAUUUGCUGUGCAUCCUGGGUUUCAAAAUAACUUUCAUGUCACCAAUCUUUUAGUAAAUAAAUCUGAAAAUCUAAAAAUAAAUCUGUGAUUUACAGUUUUUUCCUAUCGUUUUCGGUCAUGUACCCAUACUAUGGUCACUUUUCCCUAUCACUUAACACAGUGGGCUUUAGAGACACACACCUCUGCAUAUCUGUUAACCUUUGGUGCAAAAUGCACUACAACAACCACACCACAAACAAUGCUGCCAUAACUUAACACAUGUUUCCUCUCAGAACACUAUGACCUAAAAAACAUCUUGAAGCAUUGCCAAUUGCAUAUAUAAAAUGUUGCUGUGUCCUCCAGUUUGGCAUAGAUUUCCUGUAGUGUUGCAUUGAAAAAAAGAGAAAAAACACAGACAAACACUUCUUUGGACUACAGUAAUAAAGUUUGUAAUAUUACAGUAUGACAAUCCAAGCCAAGUAUCUGCUGACAGUGUUCAUAUGUCGGUUUACCUCCCACAAAAUAUGUCACAAUUGAGUGUGGUAAAUAUACUGUAAUUGUAAAUACAGUAAAUACUGUAAGUGUUUUAUGAGAAACUGAGAAUAACAAUUUUCAGUUUUUGUAAUGCAAAUUACAUACAGUAAGUACGUAAUAUAUGAUCCAGAAACAAAUCACAAACACAACAGUUUUUUUCACUGUGCUUUACUUUUUGGAGAUUUUGUCACAGUGCAAGUGUUACACAAAACAGAAAAUACAUUACAAAAUCAUUGUAUGUAGUGUUGCUUUUACGUAAAAAAAGUAAUUCCAUGCCAAUUCACCAAGAACUAUGGUGCACAGGGGGAAAAAAAUCUAAAU